AUGGACUCCUCUAACCUCACGACGGCAGAAGCCGAUUUCUCCAAGCUUUCUACAAACGACAAGCAAGAGCUGCGACAGUUUAUUGCGAACGAGAAUCAAAAAGCUGUCAUUCAAAACUCUAUACACGUCCUGACUGAUGUUUGUUGGCGAAAAUGCAUACCCGGGGCAAUCCGUGGUGGUAAAUUGGACAAGAAUGAAGAAAAUUGCGCUCAAAGUUGUGUGGAACGUUUUAUGGAUGCAAAGUUUACGUUCCUCGCACACCUUGAUAAGUUACGACAGCAGACAUAG